AUGAAAAAUAGAACCAUGUUUACUGAGUUCAUCCUGCUGGGUCUAACAGACGUUCCUGAACUCCAGGUGGUGGUUUUCACCUUCCUGUUCCUCACCUAUUUACUGAGCAUCAUUGGAAAUCUGACUAUCCUCAUCCUCACCUUGCUGGAUUCCCACCUUCAGACUCCCAUGUAUUUCUUUCUUCGGAACUUCUCCUUCUUAGAAAUUUCUUUCACAAACAUCUUCAUUCCCAGGGUCUUGACUAGCAUCACAACUGGGAACAAGAGUAUCAGCUUUGCUGGCUGCUUCACUCAGUAUUUCUUUGCCAUAUUCCUUGGGGCAACAGAGUUUUACCUUCUGGCUGCCAUGUCCUAUGAUCGCUACGUGGCCAUCUGCAAACCCCUGCAUUACACGACCAUCAUGAACAACAAACUCUGUAACCAGCUGGUUCUCUGCUCAUGGCUGGGAGGGUUAAUGGCUAUUAUACCACCAAUCACUCUGAUGAGUCAGCAGGACUUCUGUGCAUCAAACAGGCUGAAUCAUUAUUUCUGUGACUAUAAGCCCCUUCUGGAACUCUCCUGUUCAGACACAAGCCUCAUAGAGAAGAUUGUCUUUCUUGUGGCAUCUGUGGCCCUGGUGGUCACUCUCGUGCUAGUGAUUUUCUCCUACACAUUCAUCAUCAGGACUAUUCUGAAGAUGCCCUCUGCCCAGCAAAGGAAAAAAGCCUUUUCCACAUGUUCUUCCCACAUGAUUGUCAUCUCCCUCUCUUAUGGAAGCUGCAUCUUCCUUUAUAUUAAGCCCUCAACAAAAGAAGGGGACACACUUAACAAGGGAGUAGCUCUACUUAUUACUUCAGUUGCACCUUUGUUGAACCCCUUCAUUUACACCCUAAGGAACCAACAGGUAAAACAAGCCUUCAAAGAUACAGUCAAAAAGCUUGUGAAUCUUUAA